CAAACGAUACUCGGUGCAGUGAAGUUGGAACGUAAUUCGCAGCAGUCACGAAGCAUAAUCGUAAAUUAUACGCGAUACAAGUUGAUAUUUUUUUCAUUUAUCCGGAGUGAAAGUUGAGUGGUUAAUCAUGUCAUCAAAGCCAGGAGAAAAAGCGCUGCUGGCGAUGAAGGAACUGGAAAAAUCGGUUGCGGUUUUCAAAAAACCUGCGCUGCCAAAAACAAAAAAGGAGAGGAAAAUUAUUUUGAAUGAGGAAACCUAUCUGGAAGAAAUGGCUAAAAUUAUACAACGUGACUUUUUUCCGGACUUGAAAAAAUUGAAAGCACAAAACGAAUAUUUAGAUGCGCUGGCAAGUAACGAUAUCGUGAAGUUACGUCAAAUAUUCUCCAAAUACAAUUCUAAAUCGCCUCUGAUAAGGGAACCUAGCCCCGCUACCUUCGAAACACCGCUUCCAAGUGCUUCUCUUGCUUCAGACGAACCCCCAUCGAUUCGAUCUACAAUAAGUACUAUCUCUACUAAAAGCAGUAAAUCGAUCGCCGAUAGACAUUCCUUGGAUUCAUUUCUGUUUAACUAUACCAGUGAAGACAAUGACAGUUUUCAAGAAAUUAUGGAAGCGGCGGAUAAGAAACUCCGGCAAAAAUUUGCAAUUCUCUAUGAAGCAGAAGGAACGAGUCGGUUGAACCUUGGUAAACAGCUAGCACUUCCAAGUAUUGAAAACCAAUUUGAUGAAAGGGAUAAACCCAAGGAACUUGACAUGUGGACUUACAAGAACAAAAACUACAUUAUGUACAUACCGGAUGGCGUGGCUCCAACUAGAGAAGAAGAAAUCGAGAUGGCCAAUAAGAAGCAAGAAAUUGAACAUAACAACACCCGACUGAAAGAGAAUCCGUUUAACGAGACGGAAAGUAAACAAGCUAUUACUGAAGCGGCCAAGUCGCAAGCUAAGUGUCUUCCCGAAAAAAUUGGCGUCGAUGGUAAACUUAUCGAAGCAUCGCUUACUCCGGCAGUUCGUGGAUUCAGUUUCGUCAAAAGCCCAUCACCUUGUCCAGGAGUGACAGACAGCCCUCUGUUUACAUGGGGAGAAAUAGAAGGAACACCAUUUCGUUUAGACGGUGGAGAUACCCCUCUGCAUCCUGCCUCAGCAGGUCCAUCAUUCCGGAUAGCGGAAACCUCCAAACGUGAGACGAUCGCUCUCCAGUUAGCCGAAAAGGCUGCCGAACAGUCCCGAUCAAAGAAAGCAAAAGCAAUUGAAGCAGCACGAAGAAACAUUGCCUCGCCGGUGAUCCGUAAUACAUUCGAUCGAUUGGCCAGCAUGUCUCCUGCAGCCCGCCGGUUAGCCACCAAUAAACUUGGUUUCAUCAACACCCCUAGCCCAAUGCGAACGCCAGUUAGCUCUACUUUGAAAACUCCAAGACUGCAAUCCCAAUUUGGCAGAUUAAGACCCACUCCUUCGCCUGCUGGAAUGGUACGAAGAAAAACGCCAUUGAUCGUUAACACUAAAGGUAGCAAUUCUCUCGAAGGACAAGAAUCGACUAGUGGAUCGGUUACGUUGACCGACAAUCUUCUGGAUAUUCCUUCGACCAGUAAACGACCGAAGGCUGCUGAUUUUUUCUAGGGUAGGUCAUUGUUAGAAAUAAAUGAAUUGUUAUUUGAACUUAUUGUUAAUAAGGAUAACAAUAUGAAUCUGGAACAAAAAAUGUUCAAAAGUAAUUAGUUCCAUUUUAAAGAGAAUAUAAACUAUA